CUUGUUCUCUCUCGCUCGCACACAGCGGGCGAUCCCUCCCUCCGGGCUGCGCAGAUGCGGGAAGCGCGCGCAGUGAGCAGCUGUGAUUACACCGUCAUGGACACGAGCGCACCACAUCAGAGUUGAAUCGGGACGUUGCCAACAACAAAAACAAAGACAUUAGCACUCUCCACUUUUCGUCGGAAUAUAACGUAUUCAGACGUCGCUUGUGUAACUGGAAUAUGCCCAGCAGACGGACUCUCGCAACAUGACAGUCUCGCACUGGAGGAACUCCUGCUCGCGCGCUUCAUGAGGAGUCUCGAGGCCACAGAGCAGCCGCCGCGCGCCGCCAGAUGUGCAGCUGUUAACCGCAGGCAAAACACCGCGCGACGAACACCAGUCUGACGACGCUCAACGCUUUUUUCUUAACAUUUGCCCCUGUGUGAAAGAAAUGACAUCGGCUGUCCUGUUUGAGGAGGAGCAGCUGGGCGAACUGCCCGACUAGCAUGUGAGGCUAAUCUCGGGUGUAUGUUAGCGGCUAAUUAGCGCUGCGCGAGACACCCGCGACACUCAAACGACUGACAGGACAGAGACGCGAACACUUUCACAGUCGUUGAAACGGCUUAAUUUUAAUUACGAACAGUUUUCCCUGCAGAAUGCGGUGUUUCACGUGUCUAAAAGCCUCACUGGCCCGUAAAUGUGACCGAGUCUGAGUUUGUUUUGAGUGUGUCUGCGCGCCGCACGAGCGGCUAAAGUUGUGUGGUUGUUCCCGGUGCUGGGAGCGCGCGGGGCCGAUGCAGAGCAGCCAUGCAGCACGACUUCAGCUCCAGCGAGGAGAGCAGCGCGAGAUGGCGAGGCCUGUUCGUACAGGCACUAAGAAAGGUGCAGCUACAAGUACAUCCAAACCUGUCGGCUAAAGAAGACGCACUCCAACACAUUGAGGCGCUCAUACUACAGCUCCUGAACAAGCUGUGUGUCACACAGCCUAGAACAAUAGCUGAUGUUGAGGAUCGUGUUCAGAAGACGUUCCCAAAUCCCAUCGAUAAAUGGGCCAUGGCAGACGCUCAGGCUGCAAUAGAAAAGCGCAAGCGAAGGAACCCACUGCUGCUGCCAGUCGACAAGAUACAUCCACUACUGAAGGAGGUGCUGGGCUAUAAGAUCGACUAUCAUGUAUGUCUGUAUAUUGUUGCUGUGUUGGAGUAUAUCUCGGCCGACAUCCUCAAGCUGGCUGGAAACUACGUGAGCAACAUUCGACAUUACGAGAUCAGCCAGCAGGACAUCACCGUCUCCAUGUGUGCUGACAAGGUGUUGAUGGAUAUGUUUGAUCAGGAAGAGGAGAUGGGGCUGGUGUCUCAGAGUGUAGAGGAGGUGUCUUCCUCUGGUGUGCUCACAUAUGACGAUCUUGUGCGCCUGGAGAUCGCUGAGGAACGUCAGUAUCUGCGGGAACUCGAUCUCAUCAUCAAAGUAUUCCGGCAAGCCUUUAUGUCCAAUAGCAAACUCUUCUCCUCUCAGGAUGUGGAGCUGGCAUUUAGUAAUAUUCUAGAGGUCCAUGAGUUAACAGUUAAACUGUUGGGUCUGAUUGAGGAUGCUGUAGAAAUGACAGCUGAUGGGAGUCCACACCCCCUUGUGGGCAGCUGCUUCGAAGACCUCGCUGAGGAGCAGGCAUUUGAUCCCUAUGAGACACUCUCUCAGGACAUCCUCUCUAAAGAAUUCUGUCAACAUUUCAACACUCUGAUGUCCCGCCCCACUGUUGCCCUGCACUUUCAGUCAAUUGCAGAGGGUUUUAAGGAGGCAGUGCAGUAUGUGCUUCCUCAGUUGAUGAUGGUUCCAGUUUACCACUGCAUGCACUACUUUGAACUGUUACAGCAAUUGCAGGAGUGCAGUGAAGACCAGGAUGACAGAGAGUGUUUAAAACAGGCUCAGACUGCACUGAUCAACCUACAAUGCAGCAUUGAACGCAUAUACGCUAAACACCAACCACGGCGCAAACAAGGGGAGCCCCUAUACCGGUUAUAUAGUCGCGCAUCUCGCAGUAAGCAGGCAGCAAUAAAGCGUAUGAAUGACAUCCAGAAGAGUAUUGAUGGCUGGGAAGGCAGAGAUAUUGGGCAGUGCUGCAGCCAGUUCAUCCUGGAGGGGGCACUCCUACGGGCUGGUGCCAAGCAUGAACGGCACAACUUCCUGUUCGACGGCCUCAUGAUAAGCUGCAAAGCCAACCAGAGCUCCCGGUUGCCUGGGGCUGGCAGUGCGGCUGAGUUUCGUCUAAAAGAGAAGUUUGUGUUACGCAAGUAUCGCAUCGUAGAUCGCGAAGAUUCAUCAGAGUUUCGUCACGCAUUUGAGCUGGUAGGCCGCGAGGAAAGCAGUGCCGUAUUUGGUGCGCGUUCGGCGGAAGAGAAGAGUGCGUGGAUGGCUUCAUUGGUCACGCUGCAGUACCGGCCCACUCUGGACCGCAUGCUGGACACUGUCCUGCACCGCGAGGAACAAGCACAACCACUGAGGCUGCCAUCACCGGAUGUCUACCGGUUUGCCAUCCAGGACUCUGAAGAGAACAUAGUGUUUGAGGAGGGAGCGCAGAGUAAGACUGGAAUCCCCAUUAUUAAAGCCGGGACAGUGGUCAAGCUCAUUGAGAGACUGACAUACCACAUGUACGCAGACCCAAAUUUCGUGCGUACGUUUCUGACUACAUACCGUUCUUUCUGUAAACCCCAAGACCUGCUCACACUACUGAUUGAAAGGAUUGAGAUUCCAGAGCCCGAGCCAUCAGAAGCAGACCGAGAGGCUCUCUGGAACGGAGAGCAACCAAUGGCAGCUGAGCUUCAGAGAUUUCGCAGGGAAUAUGUGCAGCCUGUCCAACUCCGGGUUUUGAAUGUAUUCCGUCAGUGGGUGGAACAUCACUUUUAUGACUUUGAGAAUGAUCCUGAACUCUGCGGAAGACUUGAAGAGUACCUCACCAGCACCACACAGCUUAGAGGUAAAUCGAUGCGUAAGUGGGUGGAGUCUAUCAGUAAGAUCAUGAGACGUAAGAUACAAACUCAGUCUAAUGGCAUUAGUCACAACAUUACCUUUGAGAGCCCACCUCCUCCUAUCGAAUGGCACAUCAGCCGUCCAGGGCAGGUCGAAACCUUCGACCUCAUGACUCUUCAUCCAAUAGAAAUUGCUCGCCAGUUAACACUUCUAGAGUCUGAUCUAUACAGAGCCGUUCGUCCAUCUGAGCUUGUAGGCAGUGUUUGGACAAAGGAAGAUAAAGAGAAGAAUUCUCCCAAUCUGCUGAGGAUGAUCAGACACACAACCAACCUCACACUGUGGUUUGAGAAGUGUAUAGUUGAGGCUGAAAAUGUGGACGAGAGGGUUGCCGUAUUCUCCCGUAUUAUCGAGAUCUUGCAGGUGUUUCAAGAGCUCAAUAACUUUAAUGGUGUUUUGGAGAUUGUAAGCGCAAUCAACUCAGUACCGGUGUAUCGACUGGACCACACCUUUGAGGCCGUGCCUGAGAGGAAGAGGAGGAUUCUAGAGGAAGCUGUUGAACUUAGUCAGGAUCAUUUUAAGAAAUACCUCGCCAAGCUUAAAUCCAUCAACCCACCUUGUGUACCCUUCUUUGGUAUCUACCUGACUAACAUUUUGAAGACUGAAGAGGGGAAUCCAGAUUUCCUAAAGCGUGAUGGAAAAGAACUGAUCAACUUUAGCAAAAGACGCAAAGUAGCAGAAAUCACUGGAGAAAUCCAGCAGUACCAGAACCAACCCUACUGCCUCAAAGUAGAACACGACAUAAAGAGGUUUUUUGAGAAUCUGAAUCCAAUGGAAAACAUGAGUGAAAAGGAGUUUUCUGACUACCUGUUCAACAAGUCUCUAGAGAUCGAACCACGGAACUGCAAACAGCCAUCCAGAUUUCCCAGAAAGACUAUGUAUCCUCUGAAGUCUCCCGGCGUUCGGCCGGUGCGGCAGGCGUCAGGAGGAGGAGGAACGCUGAAAGGUCACCCAGUGCCAUUAGAACGAGAACCACCUCACAAAAUCACCUUCAGAAGCAUUGCAGAAACAGAGCCUGAGACCCCUCCUUCUCUCCCCACCUCUCCGAACACACCCACGCCUCCACAGUCUGCCAGCUCGGACUUUAACUCCGUGUUCAUGGAGCACGACCUGAGCAGCUCCUGCGGUAACACAAUAUUUGCCCCAGUUUUGCUCCCCCAGUUCAAGUCUGUGUCAUGUGGCAGUUUACACCAGUUGAUGGGCGAUGAGCUACUUAAACCCCCGCCAUUACCUCCCCGCAGGAAAGAUACCUCUUCAGAGUCCAAGAGUUUCAGGUCUGAAAGUCCUCCCGCCAUUCCACCACGACUGCCUCCUCCCCCUCGCCUGCAGCCACGCGUUCCGGUGAUCAACGGGCCGACGGAAGGGCCGCUGCCGAGCCCCCCACCCCCUCCACCCCGCGAUCCCCUUCCAGACACGCCUCCACCCGUUCCACAACGACCACCCGAGAUCUUCAUCAACUACCCGGUGAACAUGCAGCCAUCUCCAGGGAUCCGUUUUCAUUGGGACUUCACCAGCUCGCCAAGCACUCCCAACACCCCACCCGGCACGCCCUCUCCACGUGCUCCGCCCCCGGGCACACCUUCUCCACGCGUGCCCCGCCGGCCCUGCACACCCAGCUUCAGUCAGCCCAUUCUGGUCCACCUGCCCCCACCCACUCCAGCACCUCCCAUACCGCCUCGUCACAACUCCACCCCUGCGCUGCCAAAACUGCCACCCAAGACUUACAAGAGAGAACUCUCUCAAUCAACACACACUCUCUCACAGCCUUCGCUACACACUCUCUCGCUAGUCGACAACAGGGACAGCAACGAAUAAGAGCAUCCCCCGACCUAAAAUAGAGACGCGAGUGUGUGCGUGUUUUAACAUAGUUUAACCUGGAACCAGACAAUCUGAUGCUAGUCGAAACCUGAAGACGGUCAUUGCUCUUGAGGAAUGUGAUUCGCUCAUUUUCUUUCACGUUCAGCAUGCAGAGCUACGCAAGGUCAUGUGCUCGUCAGCAGUACAUUCUCGAAUGAAAAUGCAGCUCUGAGGCCUUUCACCAUCAUUAGACUCUGCUGUGGAUGUUUAUUUGGUUGCAGGUCAAAGGUCAACCAGGGUUCAACCCGAACACCCUCAGCACGCCUCUCUUCAGUUGCCUUUAACUCACAGCUGUGACCUUGACCAGAGAUUGUACCCUUCAGGUGAACUCUUGACAUUUUGGUGAGGGUUUUUCCUCACACUAUUUAAAGCCAAUAUGAUGUCUUAACCCCUCCCCUCAAAGGCGUACUCAUCUAUUCAUUGAUUCAUCACAAGCCACACCCCUCCACCGAUACUUACGACUCGUGAUUUUUCGCUCCAGACUCUUAAUGUGCCUUCAAUAUCAGUACUGAACAAAAUUGAAGUGUCUGAAAGCAUUCGCCUUGACCAUGCUUAGAACAAAUGUCUAGACAACACCGUUUGUGCGCGUGUGUGUGUGUGUGUGUGUGUGUGUGCGCAAGCGUGCUCCAAGUAUUCUGUACAGAGUAACAUAUCUGCCCUCACUUCUCACCUCUGCGCCCCAGUUGCUGAUGUAUCUACUGACAAUCUCAGUCUGAGACCCACCGGAUUCACACACUGUUGUAUAGUGUUUGGUGUGGACCAGUGUCAAGUUUGUGUGUCUUAAUAGUGUGCGGUGAGCCUUUUUUUUGCACUUUAGGGCAGUACUGUUACAAAGAAGCAGAGGACAAAAAAAAAAAAAACUCACAAUCCUGUGACCUUAUGACCCUGUCCUGCUGACCCCCGUCCUCUGGGCUGGCCGGGACAACCGUCAGGCUGUGUCCCAAAACUCAUGUACUUGGGGACAAAGCGCUGCGGUCCGAAUGUUCUAUUGUAAAUCACGCCUCUUGCUUUCAUUCAGGUCCUCUCAUCAACCAAACCAGGUCCACACAGGAAGGGCUUUGUAACCAGAGCAAUUCCUCUCAAAUUGACCAUGGCGAUCAGCCAUAGAGGGACUGCAGUGUUUUGUAGUGAUGUCACAUCCUGUAUGUGUAGACACUCAUACUGGCCUUUCCCACUGAGCUGAUUUGUCAAUUGGUUUGAAGUGUUAGUAAAUCCCCAAAAACUCACUGUUUCUGUGUGUGUGUGUGUGUGUGUGUGUAUGUGUGAGUGUGUGUGUGUCUGUGCGCAUUCCAAGGCCUGUAACUGCUUUUGUACCAUGUUCUCCAUGAGACUCAUUAAUAAACACGCAGUCUUAUUUUCUA